CUUUUAACUAAGCGACUUUCCUUAUUAGAGUGAUAUCUGACAUUGCACAAACAGCUGCGAGAAAAGUGCGAAAAUGUAUUCAACACAUCUACAUUUCCUUCUCCUAAUUGCUAGUUCUGUAAUAUUUUUCCAAAUGACUUCCUGUUUUACUCUACCAGACAGUGGACCUGGCAAUCAGCUUUCGAAACCAAAACCAGAAAACAGCACAGUUUCAACUGAAACGCCACUGUCAGAAACAUAUCCGCUCGGAUUUUUCGAGAAUUCCUUUCAUUCUAAUAAAUCCAACGUGAAUUCUUCAACUUCUGAAGGACAGAAACAACUUCUGAACACCUCCGCCAUAACGGGCUCGAAAUCUACAACUGGUCACGUUCCAAGUAAUUAUUCCGUAGUGAAUGGCACAAAUGCAGAAAAUGUUUCCAGUCAAUCGAAUGCGAAGACAGAAAAUACAAGUUCUUUGAAUACGAUAUUUGAUGUAGUGAAGAGUUGGUCUGCAUCAGAUACUGCGGUUCACAGUCGUGGAUGGUUAGUGCUAACCAAAGUCACCGAAAUAAAUAAAGUGGAAGAAAUAAGAGAAGACCCCGAAAAUAAUAAUCAAAAGCGAGUGAUAAAUGAAACUCGCCGCGAACAGUUAAAAAUAGUUCGAGACAGAGAAGUUUAUGAAGAUGAUGUCUAUAAUGAUUUGGAAAAUAUUCCUGAAUUAUCAUUUGAGUAACAUUACAUGCAUUGACACAUGAUGUCUUCUAAUAUACUCUUGAUUUGUAGUGAUAGUAUUGUUUAUCAUUUCCAGUUAACGUAUUUAAAAAUAAUAAAGCAAGUAAAAUAAUG